CUAACACACAGCAUCUCCAUCCACAAUUACGAAUUAGUCUUCUUCCUUUGUUUCUCCGAUGGCGACCGCCGCCUUGCUCAGAUCUCUCCGUCGCCGUGAUUUUGCUACCUCUUCUCUCUCUGCGUAUAGAACUGUGAGUUCAUUUUCUUCAUUUCCAGGCUGUUAUGUUUUUUCGUCUGUUAGAUCUUUGCUAUUCUAAUAUCUAUAGCUGGUGAAGAAAAUGAACUCACAGUUGCUCUUCUCUCUUCUCCUUCAUCACUCAACCAUCAAAAUAUAGUAUAUAAUUAACAAACUCUUUUUUUUUUUAUUUAAAACUAUACUAAACCACCUAUCUAUUCCUUUUUUGACGCUGUUCCGACACUGAUGAGCAUCUAAACAACCUCAUUUCUGGAUGGACUGAAAAAAUUUACUUCAACCCCAGUAUUGAGUUGAGCCGAGCUGGCUAUUUUGACGCCUAUAACAAUACAAAACAAAUAUAAAAAAGGGGGUAACAAGUAUUCUAGUCGUCGCUGAAAAACACCGCAGGCCUCUUUCGCGGGCUCAGUCCAGAUUAGCCGCAUUACGACGGCGCAAUGCGGCUGUCAAUUUUCCGGUAUCGGAGUUAUGCUCUUGCACCGCCGUUAAUCCGGUGCUUCAGGUCACAAGCAGCAUUGAAAGCAUUGGCUAAAGCAUCGGAAGACAAAAUCCCAAAUCUCAUCCUCUACAAUUAUCCUUCAUUUUCCGGAGCUUUUGCUGCGCUUUUCGCUCACCUCUAUCAUUCUCGUCUCAACAUACCUUACCUCGUCUUGCCUUUCUCUUCCGUUGAACCCUUCAGAGUUGGAGACUUGUGUAUUGACGGGCUGAGAAAUUGCUACUUCCUUGAUUUUGUUGGUCCAAAAGGAUUUGCUGAGGAGCUUGCUCCGCGGACCUCAUGCCAGAUAGUAGGGUUUGAUCACCGGAAGUCCGCCCUAUCCAAGAUCCCUUUGAAUCAAAGCUCUGGUGGGAGUAUCACAUUUCAUGUCAACCUAGAGAAAAGUAGUUCAGUUGCUGUUUAUGAACAUUUCUCUUCUAGGCUUUCAGAGUUUGGAUCCAAUAAGGGGGAUGCUAUCAGCUUGCUAAACUCUACUUUUCAAGAUCGAGUUGAAAAUGUUCUAAAAUAUAUAGAAGAUGGAGAUCUUCUCAGGUGGAGUUUGCCUGAUAUUAGGGCAUUUGGAAUUGGAGCUAACCAGUGGCAUUCAAAAUUGAACUGCAUCACUAAUCCACAUAUGUAUAAACAGCUAAUGGGGAUUUGCACCGGUGAUUUAAUUGUUACUGGAAACUCCCACAUUUCAAAUAGAUUGGCUGCGGCACACAAGUUGCUGGAUAAGUUUUUCAAAAUUCGGCUGGGGAGAGGACUUUAUGGUGAAUGCUUGGGGGUUAGAGCUGAUGGCGAACCAGACUUAAGUGAUGAAAUUGGCAAGGAACUAAGCAAGAAAAUUGCUUCAGUUGGACUCAGGCCUAUAGGAGCAGUCGUAUACCUUCAGCGGAAGAAUCUCAAGAUGUGUCUGAGGACUGUAGAUGCUGCUACUGAUACUUCAGAAGUUGCCAAGGCAUAUGGUGGAGGUGGUUCUCCUAGUUCUAGCUCAUUUAUAAUUCGGAUGGAUGAGUAUAACCAGUGGCGCUCAGUGCAUUCAUCCUAAGUAGGUAAUGAUAAAGUGAAUAUACCUGAACCAAGAACAUUGAUCGUGGGGGGAUCUUCAUGUAGUGGCCCAGUUUGAAGUCACUGAGGAAAGAGACAGCCUGUGACAUACUCAUGUACCCAUAGACUUUGAAGCACACAUUGGCUAUUGGUCGUCCUGGUAGUAUUAUUCCCAUGACAUAUUCAGUGAUUAUGUUCAAGCCUGGGGUCUGCAAAUUAGCAUCAUAAAUAAGACGCUUGGAAAAAACUCUAUUGAAAUAACAAGGGUGAUGAUCUUGGAUCUGUUCUUGCAAUAAAUCCAACUAGUUUAAGGUAUAGACAUCGAUCGGGGCUUGCAUAUUGGUAUGUUAAACAAAAAGUGAAUGUCAGUCGUUUAGUAGUACUUAGAGCUUCCAAUAAUAGUACAUUAAGAUUUCUUUUGAAGCUCGAUGCUAAUAGCCUAUAUUUUGGCAGGAUAAACAGUUCAAACAUGCUAAAUAAUCUGAUAGGCAAGACAUACUUGUGGUGCUAAAUGUAAGUGUAAAUGUGUAUGCUUUAUCACCUGGUUUGUUGUAGCUGUUAUGAUGCUGAUUGGAAGAGUGAAGAUAAAAGCAAUAGCACUUGCAAAUAGAAGCCCCCACCAUGGCAUCUGGACUUGGUUAUUCAAGAAAAUGCAGAGGAUUAGGGAGACUGCUAGUGUCACCAGAAGCAAUGCAUUAAACCACCAUGAAGGUAUGUCUUUGUAUUUCCUCAUUAGUCUUGUAUGAAUAUCCUCCUUUCCCUUAUAUGAAGCUCGGAAUCUUUCAUAUAUUUCCCUACACAUUGCAAGUGGACAAUAAAUACAAUCCUUAACUGUCAUUGUUGUAGCUUAUUAAUAAGCAACUCUUAACCUUAUUCAUAGUUCUACUUAAUUGUAGAAACUUUGCUGCUAAACAGCUCUAUAUAUGUAGCAAUUGAGUUGUCAAGAAUUUGAGGAAGUGUAAAAUAAAUUGGCACAUUAUCAAUUUUGGGAUGAUAAGACAUUUAGUUCCAUUAGAUUAUUUUUUAAAACAUAGUUUUCCUCAACUUCGACUCUAGAUUGUAAAACACAAGGAGCAAUUUGACGAAAUAGUAGUAUUGUGUCUUGAUAGCUAGUGUGUAUUACCUUCCAUAGAACAAUGCCACGUGUGUAAGAGUGGAUGCUAUAGUAGCAAAACCAAAACCGUAAGUGAGAGCAAAGAACAUGCUUAUAUGUAUCCGCCCUUGCUCCUCGUACUUCCCAAUAUCUAGCUCAAACUUGUCAUUCACGAUGGCUGAUAUAUCGUACUUCUGACCUUGUGAUGUGAAUAAGUGCGAUGAGAAAAUGGGAAAUUUGGAAGCACCAUACAAGUCAAACCCCCAAUAUGCUGUUGGGAUCACCAUGUAUAUUAUCAACAUGUACCCUGCAAAGACGUUGACAAUGGCAAAGAAAGGGCAGAUGAGGGGGCUGAACAAGAAGGAUGCCACAGCAGACCAAUCUAGGGUUAUAGCUCCAAGUCCAAGACCCCUCAUGCCUGAUCCAAUUUGCUGAGCUGUUACUGAUUUGGAGAAUGCCCAGCAGAUCCAUGAGAUGCUCGUGAGCGUGGAGAAUAGAUAUCCUGGUACCAAAUACCAGCAAAAGCUGCAUAUCAAUGCAAUAAGGAAAAAUUUUGCUCUUGACAUGCGCUGAUCAUCUUUCUCAUGCAAGGCCCUACAAAUAUCGAGGUGUGUUAUGAUUUGCUGCAUCUUUGACCCGUUUGAAUAAGAAAAUUACUGUGAAACAAUUUACUUGUUCUAUACAAGCGCAGCUGGAGUAAAAACCUUUCAACCAUUGCAUAGUCUGAAAUGAAUGAGAAAAUUUGAAACAAAGAAACUUACAGUGAUGAUUCAUAUAGUUCACUGCAACUUCCUUUGACUGAGGUGUCGUUCUUGAAUAGAACCUUACACUAUUUUGGGUUAAAUUGGAUUUGUGACGCUUUAGAAUGUAAAUGUCUGGUCCGGGACCUCCUAGGAAGAGGAUGAAAGGAAUAGAGAAUACAAAGACAUUUUUUUCAGCUAUAUGUCACGAUAAAUAGUACUCCCUCAUUUUAAUUUAUGUGUCUUACUUUCCUUUUUAGUAUGUUUCAAAGGAAUGUCACCUUUCUA